UUCCCGCAUACGCUACUUGGCAAUCCAAUUAGUCGUUCAAGAUUUUGGAAUACAGCUACGGAAGAAUUCUUUUUUGAUCGGCACAGGGCCAGCUUUGAGGCGAUUCUGUACAUAUAUCAAAGUAACGGUGUAGUGAAAAGACCAGAAGCUGUUCCUCUGGAUUUAUUCUUAAAAGAACUCAAGUUUUUUGAGAUGGGAGACGAUAUAAUAGAAUCAUUCUGGAUGAGUGAAGGCUACGAAAAACCUGCUGAAGCAAUGAUGCCUCAAAACCAUUUUCAAAGGAAAGUAUGGGAGUUGAUGGAGUAUCCAGAUUCUUCUGUUUGGGCAAGAAUUACGGCAUUUAUCUCAAUAUUCGUUAUAACAACCUCAAUCGUAUCAUUUUGCUUAGAGACUCUUCCUGACUUCCGGGAUCUCAAUGAAACAAUGUCUGACACUGGACUUGUUGAGAGGUCCAGAAAUUGGUCAAAUCCAUUUUUUGCUAUUGAAUGUUGUUGUAUCAUAUGGUUUACAGUUGAAUUAAUGUUACGAUUUUUAAGUUGUCCGUGUAAGCUGACUUUUAUGACUUCAUUUCUAAAUAUUAUCGACUUUGUUGCUAUUGCUCCGUUCUUCUUUAGCCUUGUUUGGUCUGAUUCAGCAAAAAAUUCUUCAAUGUCAUUUGCUGUACUACGAGUUUUACGAUUAGUUCGAGUUUUCAGGAUUUUUAAACUAAGCAGGCACUCAGUCGGUUUACAAAUACUCGGCAAAACGUUCAAAGCAUCAAUUCAGGAAUUCUGUUUGUUGAUAUUUUUUUUGGCUAUCGCUUUAGUGUUAUUCUCCAGUGGCGUUUAUUUUGCUGAACAAAAUGAGCCAGAUACAAAGUUCACAUCAAUUCCGGCCUCGUUUUGGUUUGUUCUGGUUACAAUGACGACUGUUGGGUACGGCGAUUUGACUCCGACAAGUGUUUUUGGUAAAGUAGUUGGAGGUGCUUGUUCGCUAAUAGGUGUGCUUACUUUAGCUCUACCAGUUCCAAUUAUUGUAAGUUGCAAAUGA